AUGCCCGCCAUGAGACCCGACGACUUACCUCUGUAUCCGACGCCGCAACAGAGCGUAUAUAACAUUGAUAACCAACACCGCCGUGCACCACCCCAGCAACUGCAGCCUUCGCAGCCCUACCAUCCCCCUCGCCCAUAUCAACAAAGCCAGCCACUGCUGCCCCACCAAAAAUACCUGAACAUGUCCUACGCGACGCCGCCACGUUUCCAGCCCCUGUCCCUGGGCCAGCUGCAUCAGCAGCUUCCACAGCAUCAACAUUCCCAGCCACCCCACGCUCCACAUCAGCCUCAUCAGCCGCCACAGGCACAACCUCAGACUUACCAACAACCUCAGCCGUCACAUACCUCCUCCGCUUCUCAACAACAAUAUGCACCUUAUGGCCACGACCAGAGUCAUAGAGAACCGCAAGCGGCGCCGGCUCCGACUCUGUACCAACCCCAGUACCAAAACCUGUAUCAGACUGGCCAACCUCUGCAAGCUCCGAACCUGUCUGGCCGCUACCAGCAGAGACAAUACCAAGCCACACUGUACGGCCAAGAAUAUGCCCCACAAUAUACCACUAGUGCGCCAUCGUCCAGCAGCCAUCAUUAUGUGCCCGCUUCGCCUCCUCCAACGCAUGCAUCAGCAGCCCACCAAGUACCACAGCCAACAGCUCAUCAAGUACCGCACCCAGCAGCCCAUCAGAUACCUCAACCAACAGGACUGUCGAUACCUCUGUCUAUGGUCCAGUCUAUGGAGCAGCACCUGAUCUCUAGCCACCAGGGACAGCCCAUGGCCUCUUCUGGUCAUGGACAGCCUCAAUCUGCAUCUGGACAUAUGCCGGUUUCCCAACCUGCUUCAUCUCUGGGUCGUCUGGGCAAAAGAGUACCUUCGGAGAAGCCUCUUAGUAGCAAAAAGAAACUUGAGAUGGAGUUGCGUGUGGUGUUCGAUAAAGUGGAUUUAAAUCGGUCUGGGAAAAUAUCCGUGCAUGAGCUCUCGCAAGCCUUGUCCAACUUCGACAACACGAAAUUCCAGGAUCUGACUGUGCGUUUGAUGAUCAAUCUAUUCACCACUAACCAUUCGUCGUCGUUAAAUUUCGAACAAUUUAUAAGCCUUUGGAAACACCUCACAGCGUACAAGAAAUUGUUUGUUGCUGCUGAUCAAAAUAAAUCUGGUGAUAUUUCUUUUGGUGAGUUGCAACAGAUUAUUGAACAGAUCGGGUAUAAGCUCAACGUCGACCUAGUUCUUCAUCUUUUCCAAAAGUUUGCAAAUAAGGAGCAGUCUCCAUACGACACCCAAAUUGUUGGCAAGCUCAAGUUUGACGCAUUUAUCGAGUUGUUGGUUUAUCUUCGCCGCCUUACUGACAUCUUCAAGAAGUAUGAUAAUGACCAGUCUGGUGUAGCCACCAUCGAGUAUCUGGAUUUUUUGUUCGAAAUCAGCAGUUUGUCCAUGUGA